ACACCCGGCAGCUGCCAACUGCCCGCCCCCCGCCAGACUCCCAGGCCCGCCUCGGGGUGGCCAGAGACCUGCGCUGUUGCGGCCAUCACCGUGCACCGCAUCCCACCUGCAGCCUGUAGUCUUUGGCGAUCUGGACUCACCCGGAAGGAGGUGUCUGAGCUGGCCACAGCCUCUGGGCAAACAAGGAUUCCAACAGCUCGCCACCAUCCUGGAGGGGCCGGCCAGCCUUUCACCUGUGAUGGGACCAAGGCCUUUCCUAUCCUAGAGACAUCUUCUGUUUAUGCUGGGUGUGACCGCCAGGUCCCAGGGCUGCCUGGCAGCCAAAUCAAGUCACUCAUUAUCUCCUGUGGUCCUGUUGGUUUCACCCAGAAUCCAGUUCUCUUCUGAAUGUGCAGCUGUCUCUCUGAUGUGUGCCUUUUGUUGAGCACAGUAACCCCUGCACUCUUCCCAGCUCUUCUACACUACCAGGACAAACUUUUUUUCCCUUAUUUUCAGUAAAUGUCAGACGAUGUUCAGAAAGAAAUUGAGUCUCCAUGAACAUGGCACUUCUCCCUCCCUGGUCUAAUAAGUGGGGUCCGUGACUUGCUCAGAAGGUAUUUCGUCGAUUGCGUUCGCGACUGGUUCGUUUGCUGGCAGGCUCCGGCAAGUCGCGCCCGAACAGAGGGACACGAGCAGAUCCCGGAAUACAGCCACCCAAGAAAAAGUAAUCCCGCGGGCAGCGUCUGAAGUUGCAGGAUGCCGAAGCACCGCGCUGGCUCCCGGAAAGGCUGGUAUGCCAGACGGAGGAGAUCACUGAAUCAGCAACUAGGUCGGCUGACCUUACAGCAGAGAAAUGCAUUUCCGACAAGCUCUCGCCUAUAUUGUACUCACCCUGGCUUGCGCGGUAAUGAAUCAAGCCUUCCCUCAGGCUGAAGCCAAUGCUUUUGUUUCCUGGGCUCAUUCUUAUGCUGAUUUUUACAAUGAAACAGCCUGUUGGGUCUGCACAAGCAUGCCAUUAUCGGUUACAGAAGGAUUGCCUUGGUGGGUGCUUCCCUUUCCAAAAAAUGAAACUCCGGCUUUAUGUGAUUUUUUUAAAAAAAUAUCAGAAGAAAUAUCGAAGCUUAAUUACAGUUAAUUUUGAUAUAGACUUUCGAUGCUCUUAUCCUCUACACGCAUCUUCUUUUUAUUUUGAUGUAACACAAAGUUAUCAGGAAAUUGUUAAUGCAUACUCAUAUUACAAAAAUAGAUCUAUUUCUUCUCCUAAUGAUUUUAAUCGAUUUGAGGGUGACUACUACCAAGUUUGGGAUGAAUAUUUCUGGAUAACCCCUGAAAAAGGACAGCUACUGCCCCCUGCUGACAUUUGCUGGGAGCAAAAGACUCAUGUACCAACAUUUGGAGGCCGGGAAUUUCCAAGAUAUCACAUGAAACAUAUGGGACUAUUGCCUAUCCAAAAAUGUAAGACUGUAAUGGAUGUAACAUUUAUUGCCAACAAGUCUGUUAUAUGGCCAGGGACAGACUGGGAAAAUAGCCCUGGUAUAAAAUGGGUAGCCCCAAAUAACACUCGAUGGAUUUGUGGAUACAACCUUUGGCCCUGGCUCCCUGUAGGAUGGGUGGGAAGAUGUACCCUAGGGUUUGUGUUCACCCCUGGAAGAAUUCAUAAGCAAAAAAUCAGUCAUCCUGUUAAUUUACCUUAUGUUAAAGCCCGAUGGUCAUGCUCUGUUUUUCAUUGGUAUGAUUAUUUAGCCUCAAUUUUUGUGUCCCCUUUAGGAGCCACUGAUAUUAUGCUCAGAGUAGAGGCUUUGAACAAUUUUACAAAACAAGCUUUGACAGAUACUAGAAGAGCUUUAGAGGCUCUUAAUGAAGAACAAAAACAGAUGAGAAAAGCUGUUCUACAAAAUCGUAUGGCUCUGGAUAUUCUAACAGCCUCUCAAGGGGGGACAUGUGCCUUAAUAAAUAUGGAGUGUUGUGUAUAUAUCCCUGAUUAUUCCUCAAAUGUUCUGAUGCUUUAGAGGAUAUGAAACAACAAGUAGCCGCUAUGGAUUUUUCUGACUCCAGCAUUUGGAGUCAGAUAUCUGCCUGGUUUCA